AUGGAGAAACUAGUAGAUGUCACUCAGGAGAGUGAAAAAGUUAAGAAACUGAUGCUUGAGCCGAGCACAAGCCAUGCAAUUGUAUGUGACAACCUGAAGAAGGUGUAUCCUGGUGGCGAUGGAAACCCGCUAAAAAUGUUAGGGCCCAAUGGUGCCGGGAAGACCUCUUUCAUCAAUAUGAUGACUGGGCUUGUGAAACCAACAUCUGGGACAGGGCUUGUUCAAGGUUUGGAUAUAUGCAAUGAUACGGACAGAGUGGUUUAUACGGAUGAGCCGAGCGCAGGCCUCGAUCCAGCUUCAAGAAUGAACCUAUGGACAGAGAUCAAACGCGCAAAACAGAACAUUGCAAUCAUCCUUACUACUCAUUCAAUGGAAGAAGCAGAGUUUCUUUGCGACCGAUUGGGGAUUUUUGUAGAUGGAAGGUUACAAUGCAUAGGGAACCCAAAAGAGCUAAAGGCAAGGUAUGGCGGAACUUAUGUUUUGACGAUAACAACAGCAUCAGAACAUGAGCAAGAGGUGGAGAUGUUGGUUCAAGAUGUUUCUCCAAACACCAAAAAAAUAUAUCACAUCGCAGGGACACAUCUUCCAAAAGUGGAAGUUGGGAUUUCGGAAAUGUUUCAGGCGGUGGAGAAGGCGAAAAGCAGUUUCAGUGUGUUUGCUUGGGGACUUGCAGACACAACUCUUGAAGAUGUUUUCAUUAAGGUUGCUGGAACUUCUCAGGCCUUUAAUGUCUUUUCUUGA